ACCUUCAAGGUUUUUUGUAUCGUACAGCACUGCUUGCUAUCGGAAAGUGGAUGGUGAUUGGUUGCAUGAACCCCAGACUAGAAUGGGGCAGUAGAAUGGGACGUCUGGCAAUCGAAUAAGAGAGGAGGGAGGAGUGAUUUCGCGCGUUGAACGGACACCGAAUAAUUUUCGAAGGAAUUCACGAACCACAGCAUCGUCUCGAGUAAUCGAGCUGAUAAUCGAGCAGGCGAGUCCGUCCAUCGAAGCCUGAGACGAGAUGUCCGUCAUGGGAAAGCCAGUACUCUACUCCUAUUGGCGGAGUUCUUGCUCGUGGAGGGUCCGAAUUGCAUUGAAUUUGAAGGAAAUUCCAUACGAUAUAAAACCAGUUAGCUUGAUAAAGGGUGGUGGAGAACAACAUUCCAAUGAAUUUCGUGAAAUUAAUCCAAUGGAGCAGGUGCCUGCACUUCAUAUCGACAAUCAUACGUUAAUAGAAUCUCUAAAUAUCCUGCAAUAUCUGGAGGAAACUAGACCACACCGGCCCUUAAUGCCUGCAGAUCCGGUGAAAAGAGCUAGAGUUAGAGAAAUUUGCGAGGUCAUUGCCAGUGGUAUUCAACCUUUGCAAAAUUUAGUCGUGUUGAUUUAUGUCGGAGAAGAACGUAAAAAGGAAUGGGCUCAGCAUUGGAUCACUAGAGGUUUAACAGCUGUAGAAAAAUUAUUGUCAUCUAGUGCAGGAAAAUACUGUGUAGGAGAUGAAAUCACAUUAGCAGAUUGCUGCCUAAUACCACAAAUAUUUAACGCAAGGAGGUUUCUAGUUGAUUUAAGACCUUUCCCGACUAUUUUAAGGGUAGAUCGUCAUUUAGAAAAUCAUCCUGCAUUCACUGCAGCUCAUCCAAAUAAUCAGCCUGAUUGUCCUCCAGAGGCAACCAAGUAGCAAGCAAGGCAGACCACCCUUUUCCUCUUCUAAUCUAUUAGAAGUAGGAAGAGAGGUGGUCCUAUUUUGUGGUUCUAUAGUGACAAAAGGUGGUGCAACCUCACUUCCAUUAAAAUUAGUAACAUGUAAUUAUGUUAUACUGAUGAUAACAUACACAUGAAUUUUUCAAAGUAUACCUUAUUUUUUUAACAAUCGUACGUUGAUAAAUUGACUGAAAUAAUCAUGGGUACAUUUUAAAUGAAACAAUCUUUUAAUGAUUUUUAUAAGUAGCGUUUUUACUUGUUUUAGCACGAGUUUGUAAUACACCUUUUAUCACUUAUGAACUGCGUAUAAGUACUGAAAUGGCAAACAGUGUAGAGUAUUUAACUCUAUAAUAAUUUUCAUUUAUAUAUAAAAUCGAAUUACGUGCUGUGCCAUCGAUGUCGAUUAGGGACGGAACGCUGUUCCAUUUCUGUACUUAUUCAAAGGAUAGAAAUGUUGGCCUGUUUUUAAUUUUGUUAUGUUUUUUCAUUGGUUUUAUAUACACAGAAUCAAAAUUAACAAAAAAAAAAUGAAUAAAAUAAGAAUGAUAAAGAAUUCGUCUUCGUGCAGUACUUACAAUAUUACUUUGUAAAGUGUAUUGACCUAUUCUAAAUAGGUUCUGUUGUCUGAAAUCAAAAGUUUACUUUUUAUACACUUACAAUAAUAUAAUUUUUCGAUUACUUUUAGCUUACAUAGAUUAAGAAGAAGUGUUGCUAUUAAAUAAUAUUAAAUAUAACUUUAAAUUCUUUACCGAGUAUAAAGUAGCAGAUCUAACAUCGCAAACGCACAUACUUAAAUAUACACCGACUAAAUAGAAAAAAGGAAACGUGUAAUAAGGGAAUGCAGUCUGCUCAAACUUCAUAAUAUUGAGGAAUGAAAAGUACAAAUCAAAUUCUUUUCUUUCGAAAGCUUUCGUCUUUGGCUACGUUUCGUUACUCCCUGUAUCCACGAAAUGAAACAUAAAAAUGUUAGAUGCAAAUGCAAACUUUCGUUUCUGGUACUUCUUAUUUCUUUUUUAAUUGUCAUAUAUAACACAAAAGCUCGUGAUGCGUACGUUAAAUAAAACGUACCUAUUCCUUCGUAAACAUUCCGCAAACAUACCGAAAACUAAAACGACAGAAAUAGAAAAGAAAUAUUGUUAACGUUUGUACUGAAUAAUUUUUUUAAGUAAUCUUUCUUUACAAAUAGAUACAAACGAUAACCAAGAGUGGAUCGUAGAAAAAUUCAUCGAAUAUUUCUACGUUUCAUUAUUGAGCACACUCGAAUACUUGACAGUGUAUUUUUUGCGAGACAUAAUCUUAUAUAGAGAUACAUUUUUUUAUUGUACCGCCUAUAUUGUAUAACUUCUAUAUAUAUAUAUAUAUACUAUAUAUAUAUAUAUAUAUUUUGUAGUUUUAUACAUAAAGUGAUACGUUUAUUAAUACGACAAAGGCUACAAGACUUCAAAGAUAAUACUGUACUUGUGUGUCGAACAAUGUUAAUAAUUUUCUAUCUGUUAGCAUCGUUCCUUAUUGCCGGCUUCCUUCUUGCCGUCAUUUUUCCACAAAGAACAAAGACUAAUCUUGAUUUCCAACGAGGGUCGUAUGAUCAUGAAUUAACAUUCUGGAAAAUAUUGUACGACACAGAAACGGAGGGGUAUUUGUUUGCACGUUUCUUCGCGCUAGACGAUUAGUAAUUGUUAUAAUUUAUAUUAUAAUGAAGAAGGAGAAUAACAGAGAUAUACAUUUCAUAUUUAAACGCGUGUGCAUUAUGUAAGCGAGUGACUAGAUAAUAAUGUAUAUAAUUUUUAUACCAACAAGUUUUAUGGCUCCAUGCAGGAAAACCAGUCUAGAUUAUUAACAAGAGUGUUUUUCGUAUAGCAUCUCUUAAAGCGUACAGCAUAAAUGUUUUAUAACGAGAAGGAGGAAUGAAUGCAAACAACUGAUACCCUUCCUUAAUCGCACAACAGAAUCUGUUCUUCAUUAUUGAAUGAAAGGAGGAGAGACUUAGAUGUUUUUAACUAUAUUUGUUAUUUUUACAACUGAGUAUUGAUAACAAGUGAGAUGAAUAAUAUUUUGGUGGAAAGUUUUUAUUUAAUCUACGGUAAUUGCUUGGAAACACAUUUGUGAAAUGAGAUACCGACAACUACUUUUAACGUACGCUGCUUUUACGCUCUAUUAGCUUGUUCGCGAACACGUGUGUGCGAGUCUGUAACGAAAAUAUUCUCGUUUCCUACACGUUCCGUGCUGCAUAAAUCACGUAUGGAGAACAGGUGCAAGAUACUAUAUCUUAUUGCUUAAUUAUUAUAGAAAGCUGUGGUUAUAAUACAUUCAUUAUCCUCUUGUUUCGCUUUUUAGUCUUCCACGCUUGAUCCGAGAAAGUUGUGCCUCUGAAUCAGUGGACACGGAACGUGUUUAAAACCACAGACACACAUAUGACACACGCAGGACAUAGAGAAUGAAUUAUUGUAUAGCUGAACGAGGUUAAAGGCGAUAACGAGUUAGAACUUUUAUUUCCACUGGUCCUAAAUAGACUUUAGUUAGGUAGAGCUGCGUACCAUUUGUAAAAGGAUGCGUGAGGUAAUUGUAGAAGGAGCAAAUGCGACUAUGUAUAAAAUAAGAAUACAAACAAGAAACUUAACGGGAAAACAAACGAACCGAUAUGAUACGCAUAGAUAUUUUGUAAGUGAAAAAAAAAAAAUGAAUUAUGUACGUUCACUGCUUAUGAGGAAUAAUAAAUUCUGUGUCAUAGUGUAUGGGUCUUUAAUUUGAAAAUCUAAGAAGAUUAGGUGGGGAAUAGAAAUCGUCAUCAACUCAAUUAAUUAGUAAUAAUGAGCACUCGAUCAUUCCUGUGAUCUCAUUGUAAACUGUAAUCAAAAGAAUAAAUGGUAGAAAGACUCGCGGUUUGUAUUUCCCGCCACUCUGUUCGCGCAUGCGCGUUUGGCACAUCACUCCCAUUUGAAAAGAGUAUACACUUAUGGAGGUGCGUUUACCGCAGUAACAACAUUAUGUCUUUAUUGAUAGGAUUAUUCUCGUGUUAGCAAAUUAAUCGUUGCACGAUGGAACAAUGAAAACAAUGAAACGGAAAUACACGCAGUUUGACAAACUAUGAUAUAGAAUGCAACUUACCCGGUAUAAGAAGUUUCAAACAAUCCACCGUGGAAUAUUCCAAACAAUUGGUACACGCAUGUAUUGAAACGAAAAUAGACCGAAGCAAAAGCAAACUGUCCAUACUUAUGCUUUUCCCUUUCAACGACAAGCGUUCUUAUUUCUAAACUAGAUACUCUUUCGUUUUCAAUAUCUUUAUUACAAAUCCAUCGUGUAAAAAAAUACAUUCCCUUAUCUAUACUGACUAGUUAGAAUAGCACCUUUUCGACGUCGAAUUUUUGUACGCUGACGAAAUGCAUUGGGAACCAAAUAGGUCCCAAAUUACCGUGUAGAGGGCGUUGAAACAGAAGAGGGUUCAAGAUCUCGUUCCCUUCCAUUGCUUUUUUAUACGGUACAAGAAGUACUGUCUUGUAGGUCUUGAACCUUUUUCUUGUAACACCUUGUACACCAGAUGAUAUGCUAUUCCAAACGCGAGGUACAACAAUAAAAAAAAUAUGACACGGUUAUAACGAGUAACAUUAAAUAAUAUUAAUCGAAAUCUGUGAUGUACCUCUGCGCUCUUUUUUUUAUCGUUCGACGGUGCUACGAAACAUUGAAUGUACGAUUUCAUCGUUUCACUCGCUGUACAACAGACGAGAUGAACGAGAGGAUCCUCGUCACUUUUAUAUCGCAUACAAACACACUUUUCUUCUUUUACUUUUCUUUUCUUCGCGCACAUAUACGGUAGACUUACAGACUAAUGGAACGAUCUAAAAAUUCUAUAUACACAUUAUCGAUCAGGUAUUUUACAGGUACACGUGCUACCAUUAGGGUGUUUCAUCAAAAUUCGGAAGAUUCGUGACCUUCCCAAUUUCGACAAAAUUACAAAUUUGCUUAGGAUCAACUGGAUGUUAUAUUGGACAGAGAGUGAAAGAGGAAGAAAAAGAGAACCGUAGGUGCUCCAUGGAUACCGGAGACUUACACAGGGCGUUUCAAGAAAGAUGUACACCGUUACUUAGGUGGCACCAAGAUGGCGGCCGCCGAACAGCUGAUCGUUCGAAAACUUAAUCUUCAAUCGCUUAUACUACAGAAACACAGCCCCUGUUUUAUGCAAUUUUCAUGGUGUAUGUCUCUUUUCAACCCCUUGCCUUAAAAUUUCUUUCUCGAAUACGACUGCUAUAAUUACUACUAAAUUGCGAAUGUUCAUGCAUUUACGAUAGUGUACUUAACCCCUCCGUUAAUAGACUACCAAUGGACACUAUGAACGUGACUUGAUGUCAGAAGGCAAGGGGUUAAGAUAAAAAUAAGAAGAAUUCUGUGAGCUCAGAGAAACUUGACGAAAUGAGAAAGAAAGAAAGAAGAAUGCGUAUGACGAUCAUACAACGACAACUGAAUGGAUAAAAUGGAUGGAUCGAUGGAGCAAAUGGAUGGACGCUCGGUGGCCAGGUCAUGAAAUGAAGAACAACAGAAUGCAUUUAAUGAGCGAUUGUUUAUUAUGCUCUUAUGGUCACUUGUCAUACAGGUAACGAUGCUUUCUCAUGAGUGAAAAUAGUUAAUAUAUUAUGUUUAAUUAUUUAUAAUUAUUUAACAUUGAAUGGAAUAACUCUCUGAUGAUGAAAGAAUAACAAUUCAUGGAUGCAAAUAAAUGUGGUUAGAGCGUGUAAAGUAAUUAUUUAGAUUAAAAUUCAAAAAAUGCUGUGAACUAAUUGUGUGUGUAUAUAUAUAAUAUAUACUUCAUCAAUAACAAUGUAGCGGUGCCCAAGAGGUCACGAUGUGGGUGGUAAUACCCAACAAACAUUUUAACCAGCAAAAUUAUCAAAUAAAAAAAAAAGAAAGAAAAGAACGUAUCGUUCCGUCGUAUCGCGUUCUUGAUCAACAGAGACUUCUCGUAUAUGUAUGCGUGUGUGUGUGUGUGUAAUGUGUGUAUGUAUGUUUAAUAGGCUUGCAAAAGCCCUUUGUGAUGCAUGCUCGCUUGUCUUUCGCGGUUUAACCGAUCUCUAUCAUCUCGAGUAUCACACUUUGAUCCUUCUGAUAUUCGUUUCGUUCGUGAAUUUCGCGUCGAACGAUUCGCCUGAUCGAAUGCAAUAAUAUUCCCCUUUCUUUCAAUGAUAAAAGAUACGAUGUACAGGU